UAAGGAAAAUCAAUGACCCCCUGGGGCGGGGCCAAUUUUGACCCCAGGUCUUUUAUUUGAACAAACUUUGUAGACACUCACUAAAAGAUGUUUCAUGCUUAAUAUCUUAACUCUAGUUAUUUGGGUUUUUUCAAAGAAGAUUUUUUAAGUUUUUGCUAUACACAUAAUUAUAAGGAAAAUCAAUGAACCCCGGGGCGGUGCCAAUUUUGACCCCAGGGCUUUUAUUUGAACAAACUUGGUAGACACCUAUUAGAACAUGUUUCAUGCUAAAUAUCUUAGCCAUAGCUCUUUGAGUUCUUUAAAAGAAGAUUUUUAAAGUUUUUACUAAAUGCAUAUAGGGAAAAUCAAUGACCCCCCGGGGCGGGGCAAAUUUUGACCCUAGGGCUUUUAUUUGAACAAACUUGGUAGACACUCACUAGAAGAUGUUUCAUGCCAAAUAUCUAAGCUCUAGCUCUUAUGGUUUUUUAAAAGAAGAUAUUUAAAGUUUUUUCUUUUGGUUGCCAUGGCAACCAGAGUUCUGCAUGGAAUUAAAUUCUUUGAACAAUUUUUAAAGGUGACCACCAAAGGAACAUUCCUGUGAAGUUUGGAUGAAAUUGGCUUAGUGGUUUAUGAGGAGAUGUCAUUUAAAGUAAAAGUUUACGGACGACGGACGGACGGACGUCGGACGAAAAGCGAUCACAAAAGCUCACCCUGUCACUUUGUGACAGGUGAGCUAAAAAUUACUAUGUUUUGUCAUUUCAACAAAAGCCAUAUCUUUUUGUCAACCAUUAAAAAACAUGCCUGUAUGUCCUAUCAGGAAUUUCUUUUUAUUCAUAGAUUUCACAACAAUAACUUUCAAAGUGUCUAUACAAACUUUGCUCUAACUGUAGUCAAUAUUAUAUUCAAUCCGGGACAUAAACAAAAUUCUCAAAGAUUCAAUACAAUUAUAAAGAGUGUAAAGAUAAUUAUAUAAUUAUUUAAGCAAUACAUUCUUAGCCAUAAAUUGAUUGAACUUUUUCCACAUACCUUUCAAGUGGGAAAGAUCAUUAUUCAUAAAAAAGUAAAAAUGAGGUUUAUCAUUAUAUAAGAAGUUUAGGAAACACUUGAACAGUAAAGUCUUGGAGAGAAUAUGUGACAGUAUAUUUAUGUGUUUAAAAUUGAUUGUGAUACAAAACAAGGUCAAUGUAAAUCUUUUUGUGCUGUAGAUCAACAAGUUUAUCUUCAAGAUGGCUACCGGUGGACAGAUAAAUACUAAUAAACUUUCUGAUGAAACAUUUGAUGUGCUAUGUACAAUCUGUAAAAAUAAAGGUAAAAACACAGAAGGUGUAAAAUUCUGUGUAGACUGCAAAGAUUAUUUUUGUAUAGAAUGUGUCCAAGUUCACAGUCAAGUGCCUUUGUGUGCUGGUCACAGGGUCUUGGAUAAAUCUCAAGUUACAUCAAGAAUCAGCAAAGGUCAGCCGAGGGCACCAGAAGAGAGAUGUGACAGACACAGUCAUAAACACAUUGAUAUGUACUGUCAGAAUCAUGAUCGUGUUGGCUGUUCUACAUGUAUGGCAGUUGAUCACAGGUCAUGCCCAGAUACAGUCUACAUUCCAGAAUUUAUCCAAAAUAACACUUACCAAUCAGCCUUAACAGAAAUUCAAACAAAACUUAAGGAAAUAUCAAAGACCCUUGCAGAACAAAUUGCCAACUUCAAACAAGAUAACCAAAGGCUGCUUAAAAGAAAGGCAGAGUUACUGGAUGAUAUUAGAAAAUAUAGACAACAAAUUAAUGACCAACUUGACAAGCUGGAGAGAGAUUUUGUAGAUCAGCUAGAAAAUAUGGUUAAACAGCUUGAAGACAAGAUUGAAGACAAUCUCAAAAAGCUACAAGCUAAUAUGGCUAAGGUAACCUCUGCUAAUGAUAAAUUAGCUUCACCAAACACAAAUCAAGCUGAAGUGUUUGUUCAUGUAAAGAUUGGUGAAGAUGCAGCUGAUGUUGCAGACAAAUUUAUAGAAGAUAACAAAAGCAAGAGCACUGGAGAUGACAUAAAGUUUCAACCUGAUAUAACAAUUCUCACACAACUUAAACGCUAUGCCUUUGGUACACUCACAAAAGAAGCUACUAAGACACCUGAUACUUUAUUUCAGAUCAAAGGGAAAGAAUCAUAUUGUAUUACAGCGAUGUUUGAUAAAGAAGUCAGUAAUUUUAUUAGUACAUGCUGCCUGAAGGAUGGUACAAGAAUUCUAGCUGACAGAGAAUACAAGAAGCUUAAACGGUUCUACAAUAACAACUAUACUGUCACAGACUACUGUCUACCGGCAGCACCCUGGCAAGUGUGUUCAAUCAAUACAACACAAGUAGCAGUAACUUUACCAUCACAGAAAGAAGUUCAUUUCAUUUCUGUUGAAGGACAAAUGACCACAACAAACAAGAUUAACACUGAUUUUGAAUGUGUUGGUCUUGCAUACACAAAUGAUAAUCUAUAUGUAUCAGACCAUACCACAAAUGUGUAUAUCUAUAAUUUGUCUGGAAUGAAGCUAAGUCAGCUCAGAAUAAUUCUCAGAAGAUCAUUACUCUCACCUGUAAGGAAUCAACUGUGUAAUAUAACCAGUCUAGCUGUCAGUAAAGAUGCUACAAGGAUUUAUGUUGCUGAUAGGGAUUGUGGGUUGAUAGUACUGGACAACAAAGGCACAGUUAUUACAAAAUUUAAUGGUAAAAAAUUACAGAGGGCUAAUUGUUGUCAUGUCACUGAAGUAGGAAGUGUGUUGGUAUCAGGAUAUUCCUCCAAUAAUGUUUUACAGUUUACAUGUGAUGGUGAGCUACUGGGAGAGGUCAUAAAAGCUGACAGUGAAAAAGGGGAAAUUGUUUCAGUAUGUUGUAAUCAACAAAUGUCUAAAAUGUAUGUAUAA